AUGCAAGAUCAAAGACAAAACAGCAUGAUUCAAUCAAGACAAAUAAUAAUAAAAAUUCCAUUUACAAAUGAAGAAAAACUUUUAGUUCAACAUUUUUAUCUUCAAUUUGGUUCGAGAAGUUCAGGUGAAAUAGCCGGUGAAAUGAUAAACAAUCCACAGGUUCCAGCAGCAAUUCAACAGAUAACCAAAACAAGAAGAGAACGACGACAACAACGUCGAUGCUUUGCUAUUACUCCAUCACCUCUAGCUGAGACAGAUGGUGAAGAUGAGAAAAAUCAGUCACCCUCGCCACGUCGAACAUUAAAUACAUAUUUAAUUAAAGCUGCAAUACCCAACAGAGAUGCUGCCAGAUUGUGCUGUGACGUAGCAGCCGCAGCAAUUAAACGCUUACAAGAACUAUGA